CCCGCCCUGAGACGCCACACCGCGAGGUUGCUGCUGCCCUCUACUGGUUGCUCCUCUCCUGGACAUCUGCUCGAAGUGGAAUGCUCUAAGCCUGGGAAGCAAAUCCCUCAGUGGGAUUUCCUUCACAGGCUGUGGAAGGCAGGAGAAAGCAGGAAGAGAUGCGGAGCUGGUGGAAGAGUGGCUUUUGUUCCAAAGUUUGACAAGAUUCCUUGGCUCAGUGAGGCCAGCCUGGUGAACAAGCCACUGGUUCUCAGCAUCCCUAGAAGGUAUCACUCCUCCAUUGUUCUGACUUCAUACAAGAAGGAUAUGUAUUUGCCACACUUGCUUGAAGAUCCAUAUGUCAUAUCGAAGGCUAGAAAGAACGAGCACGAAAACCUGUCACCCAGAAACAAGCAGCUGUGUUCCACAUGUCGAGGAUGUCAAAAAGUGAAAACGGUACAGCCAAAAAUGUUCAUAAUACCUGACCAUCAGAAGUCAUCCUCCCAGAAUUCUCUGAAUCACAGAGAGGCGAGCCUUCAUUCGCAAGUGCAGCAGUUACAUUCCUGCAAUGAUAUUCCAACAGAGAGCAUUCGCUACAGAUUGCCCAUUUUAGGCCCCAGGACUGCUGUCUUCCACAGGCUGCUGUCAGGUGCCUACGAAAGUCCUCAGGAUACUCAGCACUGUGCCUUUCCCAGAAAGAAAGGAGUGAGCAAGACAGUGAAGCAGUAAGUGAGUGGCCAGAGCUCGUUACUCCCAAAUCCUCAGGGCAAAGGCUGCCUCUCCAAGCCAGUUUCCGACACUGGUACCUUCCCCUCAUCUUGUAUCUCCCAAAAGUGGAGUCACUUUUCCUUCCUAUGUGCUGCUCUUCUAGCUCUUACCACUUCCUCCUAAAGACAAAAUGGUUUAAUUUACAUAACUAUAAAGAUAUCUUAACACAGAGCA